AUUUCAAUAAUAUUAUAGUUGUGAAAAUCAACUAUAUAAUUUAACUUUAAAGAUGUUUGCUCAAAAAUUGAUUGGAAAUGGAUUAUUAAAUAAAGUUGCAAUUGUUAGUGGUAUUGUUGGUACUGCUGCAGCUAUUACUACCUCAACAACUUUAUUAUCAGACGAUUUUGUUGCCCCAGCUAAGUACCCAUGGGACCAUCGUUUCCCAUGGCAAUCAUUUGAUCAUGCUUCAAUUCGUCGUGGUCAUCAAGUUUAUACUCAAGUUUGUUCAACUUGUCACAGUUUAAAUUUAGUUUCAUACCGUCAUUUAGCUAAUGUUGCCUAUACUCCAGAAGAGUUAAAAGCUAUGGCUGCUGAUACCACCGUUAUGGAUGGUCCAGAUUCAGAAGGUGAUAUGUUUGAACGUAAAGGUCAAAUCACUGAUUUCCAUCCAAAACCAUACGAAAAUGCUAAUGCUGCUCGUUUCUCAAACAAUGGUGCCCUCCCACCAGAUCUUUCAUUAAUCAUCAAAGCUCGUGGUGCUCAUGAAGAUUACGUCUUCUCACUUUUAACUGGUUACAUGGAUCCACCAACUGGUGUUCGUAUUGUCAAUGGCCAAUAUUUCAAUCCAUAUUUCCCAGGUACUAAAAUUGCUAUGGCCCCACCAUUAUCUGACGGUAUGGUUGAAUUCGAUGAUGGCACUGAAAACUCAAUGUCACAAAUGUCAAAAGAUGUUUCAACUUUCUUAUGUUGGGCCUCUGAACCAGAACAUGAUGAUAGAAAGAAAUUAGGUUUGAAGAUUCUUCUUGGUUUAGGUAUCAUUACUCUCCCACUCUUCUACUGGAAGAGAUUAAAAUGGAGUGUCAUUAAAACCAGAAAAAUUUCAUUCAAAGAUUAAAUUUAAUAUAAUAUUUAUAACAAUAAUAAUAAUAACAAUAACAAUAACCAAAAAAUCAAUAAUAAUAUAAAAUAAAAACACAAAAAAAAAAAAUAUACAAGUAAUAUAAAUAGUAGUGAUAAAAUGAAAAAACUAAAAUAAUAACAAAUUUGC